AUGAAUGGAGGAGAGAUUAGGUGCGGGCCAAAAUCAUUCUCCGAGUUUAACCAAACAACAUUAGAUAACGCUAGGAAAUGUGUGCUUGAAGAAUUCCAUCCUUACUACGACGGAUGUAAUGAAAUAUGCGUUGAAGAUCGCUAUCUCAUGCCAUUAUCUCACAAUCGACAGCUCGAGCAAGUAGCCUAUGGCCAGAUCUUCCCUUCUCUGGUGCUACUUGCCGUACUCGCCAAUGUGACUGUUGCACUGGUGCUGUCAAGAAAGAAUAUGGUAUCGCCGACAAAUGUGGUACUGAAAUACAUGGCGAUAGCUGAUUUACUGGUCGGCAUUGUGCCUCUUCCUUGGACAAUUUUCUUCUAUUCAAUGGGAAACUAUAAUAAGAUGUAUAAUUUGGAAUUAUGGUGGUGCUACCUCAACAAAUUCUCUAUGGAUGCUUUCCCUCCCUUGUUUCAUAACAUUGCCAUGUGGUUGACAGUUUUAUUAGCUGGACAAAGAUACGUGUCUAUAAGUUACCCGCUGCAUUCACGAGGGAUCUCCAAUGUACGCAAUGUACGUAGAGCGACUUUUGUGAUCGCGAUUGUCUCUUUGAUGUGUGGCCUUCCUAAGUGGUUCGACUACUUCUAUGAGACUGUGGAAGGGUGGAUCUUCAUGAGAGGACGGUGGAUGUAUACGCGAAGCUGCAUUGCCGGCCAAACGCCGUUACUACAUUUGGUUGGGCAGACACUCUUCUUCAAUUUAUACUUCUGGACAAGAGCCAUAGGAUUUAUACUUUUGCCGAGUAUACUACUUGUCAUACUCAACAUUCUUCUCAUAAGAAAUAUUCGCCGAGCGCAACUCAGGAAACUUCACCUAAUAAGAGAGAGGACCGAGGAGGCCGCUCGUCAAAGAGAUAGUAAUUCUACCACGCUGAUGCUCAUAGCUAUAGUCUCCCUAUUCUUGGUUGUGAAUGUUCCUCAAGCAGCAUUUAUAAGUAUACUGUGCGUAUGUGAAACGUUUUCCAUUCGAUUUUCCCUACUGGAGGGAACAUUUCCCGCUGUCUUUCUACUUGUCAGUAAUAUGCUGGUUAUGGCAACGUAUCCCAUUAACUUCAGCAUUUAUUGCUUCAUGUCCAGCAGCUUUCGAAAAACAUUCAAAUCGAUGUUUUGCCCGUCCAAUGCGAAGAGCUCUGGGAGGAGUCGACAGCUGACAAACGGAUACACAGAUGAAUUAAGAAGUACUCAAAAUUUUUAA